AUUCAUGAUAGCACGAUGCAUGAUCUGAGUGAAGCGGCCUAAACUCUACAAAAUUCUCCAUUGAAAUUUCAUCAAAAUUAUCGGAUUUUCAUCAGAAUGGUGAAAUCGUAGAAUUGCCAUGACAAUAUCAUCACUAUGAGACAUGGUUGCUAUGGAAGCAAAGCAUAGCUAGUUAAAAAGUUGACGUGAAAGAAUUGAAAGCCGCCAUGGAUGACUCUUCCAUGUUAGGUAGUCUUUUUGACGACGCGGAUGGAACUGGAUUCUUAGAAGAGCUAACAGGGCCCGAUACGCUCCCUAAUGGCUCAAUGGGAAUGUCAAUGGGGAACGGUGGCAUCAUGGCUCAACCAACAGUUACCAUGGCAACAGGGAUGCAGCCAGGGAUGAUGGAUGGAGGGCAACAGCCUCAGCAGCAGAGUUCUAUUGCUCAGAUAUCCCCCGUUGGUAGCAUGACAUCGCAGACCACCCCUCCCCAGCAAACUCAAAAACUCCAUCAUCUAGACCCAAAUUUUGACCAGUUUGGAUCCCCUAAACUUCACCACAUAAAUCAGGCCAGUACCAUGCCACAACAACAAAUGUUAUCCCCUAAUUCUCAACAAAAUCAGCCUCAGUUCGGGAGUCCUCCACCAACUGGUGCACCAAUGCAUAGCCCGGGAGCAUAUAAUAUGCAGCAACAGCAGAACCCUAGAUUCACCCAGCAGCAGCAACAAAUGUUGCAGCAACAGCAGCAGCAGCAGCAACAAGGUAUAGGCUGGAAUCCAGGGAUGCCUCAGCAUCAGCAGCAAAUGUACAUGCAGCGGCAACAACAGCAACAGCAGCAACAACAACAGGGUUACAACAAUGGCCAGGUGCCUGGAUAUCCCCAUCCAGAUUAUGCAGCGAUGCAGAGAGGUCAGAUGCAGCAGAUGCCCUCUCAGCAAAUGACCCCGCAGCAGUUGCAGAUGAUGCAGCAGCAAAGAAUGCAGCAUUAUCAGAAUCAGCAAUUUAUGCGAGGAGAGCAAGGUCCCAUGAGGCAACCAGUGUCUCAGAACUAUGCCAUGAUGCAGCAUGGGAAUGUAAUUUCUUCUCAACAAGGUAAUAUGGCGUACAACCAGAUGCGUCCUGGGCAAGGACUGCCUACUUCAGCAUACCAGCAGCAACAACAAGGAGGGAGGUUACAGAAUAACAUGGCUGCCAGUAGACUGCAACAUUUUAACAUGAAUCAGCAGCAAAUGAGGCCCCAAACGGGGACAGGGGAUGCUCCCCCAUUGUCUCAUUUUCCCCAUCAGAGCCCCACUCAACCGCCGCAGUAUCGGCCACAAUAUCCUGUUGGCCCCCAGCAACCAAUUCUCUCACCUAGAGGCAUGAAUAUUCCAAUGUCUCCUAGGGGUGUACCUACCCCCUCUCCACGCAGUAUGGGAGUGCCUACUCCUACCCCACCACCCCCUUCUGUUACGCCAGAUAGACUCUCUCAUCCCCCUACCACCCCCACUAUGUCUACUCAGGGACCUUACACCCCUCAGAAUAGUUUACAACAACUUGAGCAGCUUGUGGGUCCUACCCCUGCCCCUGGUGCCCCUAGUGGGGCUACCUCAGGGGCUGCCCCACCACCCCAUCCUGCCAUGCCCAACCCUAGUAAUGGAAGCAUGCAGCAGCAACAAGCCUACAUGAUGGCAAAUCAAAAACAGACAUUUAAUAAUAUUGGCCAACCUGGUAUGGGCCAACCACCAAACCAGCCAGGCCAGCCUCAAACCAUGAAUGUAAAUACCAAUGUACAAAUGAUUAGAAACACGGGACCACUCAGUCCAAACCAACUAAAUAUGAAUAUCCAAAAUAUUAACUUAGAAAUUAACCAAAUGACUUCUAGGAUACAACAGCUUUGUAACAUGCCACAGACUCCACAGUCACAGCAAAAUAUGCUAGACGCACAGGAGCGAUUGCGAUCUCUUAAAGCGCAACAGCAACAAAUGAUGAUGAUGCAACAGAGGGGACAGGGUCAUCCGAACCAACCUCAACAAUUCUCACAACAAAUGGCCCAAGUUCAACCUCAACAACGGCCACAGAUGACUCCAUUACCUCCACAUAUGCCCCCAGUUAGUGGAACUCCUGCCAUCAUGCAGCAAGCGCCUGUCUCACAAAACCAGCCUCCUCAAGCGGGGAUCAUAGGGAAUGGUCCAGUGGUGCCACCUGUUGUUCAAAAUGGCCCCACAUCUACUGCCCUCACUCCUCAGAUGCCAGCAACACCACCAAAGACCUCUGUAGAAGUGCCCACAACUACUACCUCUCAAACAUCUGGGCCGUUACCUCAGCCACUGUUACCCCCAGCAACCUUCUCAAUACCAUCUGUCUCUAGUGAUGUCACAGAUACUACACCACUAGUGACAUCAACACUGCCAGAACCACCAAUUGAAUUCAAGCCACCAAAUAUGGAUUUUCUUGCGGAUAUGGAGCCUACAGUUCCCUCCGGUCUGGAACUCGAUGGUAUCAAACCGGAAAAACCUAAAACUAAACGUAAAUACAACCGUAAACCUAAAGAUCCGACCAAAGAAGGGGAACCUGGCAAAGAGAAGACGCCAAAGAGAUCACGUAAGAAGAAGGUUGCGACAACUCCGCCAGCGAUAGUAGAUGGUGCAGAAGAAGUGCCACCUAUUGAAGGUGAAACACCAAUUACGGAAAUCAAGCCAAAGACUGAAAAACCAAAAGCUGUCAAGUCAGCCAAAAAGAAAAAGAUGAUAAUGCCAACAUUCAUCAAGAGUAAUAAGAAGAAAAGGAAGAGAUUGACCUCCGAUGGUUCAGACAUUGAAAUAACCACACCCCCUCCCUCCCCACCAGAAGAGGAAUCUGGAAUACAGAAGCGUAGAUCGGCUAGGAACACAAAACGCAAGAAAUACUUGGACGACAUUGACUUAAACCUGUCUGAUGAUAACCAAGGUGAUGCGGGGGAUGCUGGAGACACGGAUGGACUCGCUGUAGCUGUUAAGCCUCAGCAGUUCUUCGUGGUAAGUGAUAAUCCAGCAGAGGAGGAUGCAGUUGUUGUUGAGAAGAUUCUUGGCAUGAGAACGAGGAAAAUCAAAGUCAAGAAAAUUAUUCAGAAAGAGAAACCUGAAGGUGAAGCCACUGUCGAAGAAACUCCAAAGGAAGAUGAGAAAAUAGAAAAUGCAAUAAAUAAGCCAGCUGAGGAAACCACUAAGACCCUGGACGAAGCUGCCACUGAAAAGCCAGCUGAGGAGAAUCCUACUGAAGAAGAUGGGCCAAGGGAAGCUAGUGAAGUGGAGAAUAAAGAAGAAACUGCUGUUGUUGAUACAGAAGAAAUUGAGGAAGAAGAAGAGGUUGAGGAAUUCUAUGUAAAAUACAAGAACUUCUCUUACUUGCACUGUGAGUGGCAGACAGUAGACCAAUUAAAAGACAAACGCAUCCAUCAGAAAAUCAAACGGUACAAAACCAAAUUACUUGGCUCCGGGAACUACUUUUCUGCGAUAGAUGAGGAUGAAUAUUUCAAUUCUGACUACAUUGAAGUUGAUCGUGUUCUAGAGGAGUCUAUCACUGAAGAUCCAUCAACAGGUGAACAGCUGACCUACUACCUAGUGAAGUGGUGCUCUCUGCCUUACGAGGACAGUACCUGGGAAUUAGCCAUAGAUGUAGAUAACAUCAAGAUAGAACAAUUUAAGAAGUUCCGUGAUCCACCACCCAUUGAGGAGAGACAGAGGAGGGAUCGCCCAGAGCCGAGUGCCUGGACCCCAAUGAAAGAGACACCAGUCUUCAAGAAUGACAACACCCUAAGGGAGUACCAACUGGAGGGGGUCAACUGGUUAACAUUCAGCUGGUUCCAAGCGAACAAUUGUAUUCUUGCUGACGAGAUGGGACUCGGUAAAACCAUUCAAAGCAUCACUUUUCUAGAACAAAUCAUGCAGAACGGCCUUAGAGGACCUUUCUUAGUGAUCGCACCAUUAUCAACCAUCGCAAACUGGCAAAGAGAAUUCGAAACAUGGACUGAACAAAAUGUGAUCACAUAUCACGGUUCGACACCUAGCCGAAAUAUGCUACAAGAAUACGAGAUGUAUUAUAAGGAUGACAAAGGAGCCAAAAUUAAGGAUCUUUAUAAAUUUAACUCUCUCAUUACCACGUAUGAGAUUAUUAUCUCAGAUGUAGAGCUGUUGAAGAGUAUUGAUUGGAGAGUCGUUAUUAUUGAUGAAGCCCAUCGAUUGAAGAAUCAAAACUGUCAGCUAAUAAAAGGACUCAAAUGUUUAGAUUUUGAACAUCGAGUACUUCUCACCGGGACACCUCUACAAAACAAUGUUGAAGAGCUCUUCAGUCUUCUCAAUUUCCUGGACCCAUUGCGGUUCAAAUCCUCCGAGACGUUCAAAACAGAUUUUGGCACACUUCACACCGAGGAACAAGUUGAUAAACUAAAAGCUCUGUUGAAGCCAAUGAUGUUACGGAGGCUGAAAGAAGAUGUUGAGAAGAAUCUGGCUGCCAAAGAAGAAACCAUAAUAGAGGUGGAGCUGACGAAUAUCCAAAAGAAAUAUUAUCGGGCUAUUCUUGAACGAAACUUCACCUUUUUGUCAAAAGGCAACACAACUACGAAUGCACCAAACUUAAUGAAUACAAUGAUGGAGUUACGAAAAUGUUGUAAUCACCCAUAUCUCAUAAAGGGUGCUGAGGAGAGAAUCGUAGAAGAAACCAAAGCUAAAGAUUCGAACGACCCUGGUGCUCUGGUUCAAGCAAUGAUUCACGCCUCUGGAAAGCUGGUUCUUAUAGACAAGUUGCUACCCAAACUUCAGGCCAAUGGACACAAGGUCCUCGUGUUCUCACAGAUGAUCCGUGUCUUGGAUAUACUGGAAGACUACCUCAUGCAUAAGAAUUAUAUCUACGAAAGACUUGACGGAAGGAUUCGUGGAAAUGUCAGACAGGAAGCUAUUGAUAGAUUUAGCAAGCCAGACUCAGAUAGGUUUGUGUUUCUGCUGUGUACAAGAGCUGGGGGUCUCGGUAUCAACCUGACUGCAGCGGACACUGUUAUCAUCUUUGAUUCUGACUGGAACCCACAGAAUGAUCUCCAAGCUCAAGCCAGAUGUCACAGGAUUGGUCAAAAGAAAGCUGUGAAGAUCUACCGGUUGAUAACGCGUAACACUUACGAGCGUGAGAUGUUCGAUAAAGCCUCUAUGAAGCUAGGUUUGGACAAAGCUGUGCUCCAGUCCGGCCUAGGGUCAUCCAAGGAGGGUGGAGGCGUUAGAGAACAACAAGCAAUGACCAAGAAAGAAGUCGAGGAUCUAUUAAAGAAGGGAGCUUAUGGGGCUCUGAUGGAAGAUGACAAAGAUGGAGAUGAUUUCUGUGAAGAGGACAUAGACCAGAUCCUGCAAAGACGUACCCAAGUCAUCCAGAUUGAAUCUGAAGGCAAAGGAUCAACGUUUGCCAAGGCCAGUUUUAGUGUGAGCAACAACAGGUCAGACAUAGACAUCAAUGAUCCUAACUUCUGGCAGAAAUGGGCAAAGAAGGCAGACCUGGACAGUGAAUCAAUGCUUAAUAAGAAUGAACUAAUUAUCGAAGAGCCACGUCGACGCAAGCAGACUGCUCGCUAUGGCAACCAGAAUGCAAUGGAUGACAUGUCUGGACUUUCAAGCUCAAAUUCAGACUCUGAAGACACAGACUCUCAAGCGAAUGUGAAACGUAAGCCUGGGAGACCACGACGCAACAAGAAACAUCGCGAUGAUGAUUUCAACAUUGGAGAGAUCGUCCAACAUGGUAUUUACUCCCGAAAAGAGUGCUUUAAAGUUGAGAAGAUGUUGCUGAUUUAUGGCUGGUCACGCUGGGAAGAUAUCCUCUUACACGGGCGCUUUAAACGCAAGCUGGGAAACCAGGAUGUGGAAACUUUGGCCCGCUCCAUCUUGAUGUACAGUUUAAAGCAUUAUGCGGGCGAUGAUCGCAUCAAGAGUUUCAUCCUUGAUCUGAUCACUCCCUCAGCAGAUGGCUCCAGUCUGAAGAAUCAUUCAGGUUUAUCUGCUCCUGUGCCAAGGGGCCGCAAGGGCAAGAAGUUGAAGAAGGAAGAGCCAAUGUCAGAGCAACUUGACCUCUCAAGCUUUGAUCUGGAUUGCGAGAAAAUCUUACGAGAUGAUGGAUAUAAGAAACACCUGAAUAGGCACUCCAAUAAGGUGCUACUAAGGGUGCGUUUGUUGUACUACUUAAAGACUGAGGUGAUUGGAAAAGAGGCAGACAGGAUAUUUGCGCAUGCAUUGGCAAGUGAGUUGCCGAUUCACCCACCACCAGCAGAUGGUGAUCCUCCUGCCCUCUGGUGGGAUCGUGAAGCAGAUCAGUCGCUCCUCAUGGGCGUCUUCAAAUAUGGCUAUGAGAAGUACAACUCCAUGCGUAAUGACCCGUGUCUCUGCUUCCUACGGAGAUGUGGACCACCUGAUCAAAAAGCCCUUGUGAAGGAGCAGGCCGACCAGAGUGACAAUGAAGGGGAAGACCCCAGUGACCCAGAGUUCAAACCAAUCAAUGCAACGAGACUGUUCAAGAGUGACAUGUUCGAUGAUGAUUCUCCUGCAAGUCCCUCCUCUGAGGGUCCUCCCUUGCUCCAGCCAAUGACAGGCCCUGAAGCUCUCCAACAGAAUAGCAAUGAGAACUACCUGAUGUUCCCAGGCCCUUCUGAACUUAACACAAGAUUCCGACGACUAAUCACAGGCUACCAAAGAAACCAUAAGAAAGAGCAGCUCCGAUUGGCUAAAGAUGAGAAGCGACUAAUGCGUCAUGAGAGGAGAAAUGCAGUGUUAAAUGAGCGAGAAAAAAUCAAAUUAGACGCUAGACAAACUCGAUGGUCACGGCGUGAAGAAGCUGAUUUUUAUCGUGUUGUGUCGACCUUUGGAGUUGAAUUUGACUGUGAAACUGGCCGAUAUAAGUGGGAUACUUUCCGGCAGUUUGCUCGUUUGGAUAAAAAAUAUGAUGACACACUGACGGAAUAUUUUCUCGCCUUUUAUCACAUGUGCCAAAAAGUUUGCCGCAAAAUUGGACCUGAAGUGCUGCCACCUGUCCCUAUCUAUGUGGAACCAAUCUCUGAAGAACGAGCGGCACGGUGUCUCCAAAGAAUAGAUUUGCUCAACAAGAUUCGAGAUGAGAUCCUAUGGCAUCCAAAACUCGAUGAACGCUUAAAAUUCGUCCAACCCAAUUCUGAACUUCCAGAUUGGUGGGUGUGUGGGGUCCAUGACAAAGAUCUCCUAAUUGGUGCUGCAAAACAUGGUUUAUCUAGGACUGACUAUCAUAUACUUCAUGAUCCCAAGCUAGUCUUCAGGGAAAUCCUAUCUGCAAAACGUAAGGAGAAAGAAGAAACAUUAGAAGAGGCAGCUAAACUUAAAGCAGAAGAGCAAUCAAAAACAACAUCUCCCAACGGUCCAACCACACCCAGCAACUGUGAUACAAAACAAGAAUCUUGUGAUACACAAUCAGAGUCUUGUGAUACACAAUCGGAAACCAAAACUGACAAAUCAGCUUUAAAAACUGAGGAUAAGGCAAUAAAAACUGAAAACUCGGAUGGUGAAACAUCCGACUCGGAAUCACCAUCAAAAGUUAAAUCUGAAGUUAAGGAUGAACCCGAGGAGACUGAAAAGAUGGACUGUGAAGAUGAAUCAACCGAUAAAAAAUCAAUUGAUAUGAAAACAGAGAUUAAAACUGAAAAAGAUGGAAUUAAAUCUGAAAAUGGUGAACAAACAGAGGGUGUAAAAACUGAACGCGAUAUCAAAUCUGAAGAAGAUAUCAAAUCAGAAUUGGAUUUAAAGGCUGAAGCCAUUAAAGAAGAAGAGAUUCGAUAUUUCGAUGCCCCACAGACUGAGGAUGAAAUUGUAGAAAUAAAAUCUGAGGAUUUCAAGUUCAGUAUGACGGGUAAUUCAACGCCAGCGCGGAGUGAUGACGGAAUGUAUGAUCAAUACGGCAAUUAUGACCCUAUGGUGGCUGAGUUCAAAGCUCAACAAUCUUUCGUCUCCUUCCAGUGGCCCAAGGACCGAACAGUAUACCACCGUUUGGAUGAUGUUUGCUAUUGCAUCGAGAAAGGUGAAUGGCCAAUGCGACGUACUUUCCAACCAAUCAGAGGCGACUCGCGAAGUAACACCCCUAACUUGACGCCUUCCUCUACGCCAAAACCUGCAACUCCACUAGGGGAUUAUGGGAUACCAGAGACCCCUGAGUCUAUGCAUAAGAGUGAUGGACUGAAGCUAACUUUCCAGAAGAGAAAGCCAGGCAGACGGAAGAAAACUGAAAUUGAGGCUGAAAGAGCGUUGCGUCUGCGAGAAAUGCUUGGUGCUAACAUGGGACUUUCAAAUACUGAGGGUGAGAGUGGAAGUGAAUCAAAUCUCUCUGGGAUCUACAGUGACGCCCUCGUUAACGGGGGAGCCUCUUUAGACUGCAAGCCAUUCCAGCUCGACUCUGAUGAUGCUGCCAGCGGGAAAGGGACCCCUCGUCCAAAUAUAUUAGGGAGAGAGCCGGAAAAGAAGAAACGUGGUAGGAAACGUACAAUUGACCGCCUCGCUGAACAUCUAGCUGAGACAAAGGAGGCUGAGAUGCAUGUCCAGAAUGCAUUGCGAGAGGCUACCCAGCAGGCCACCCACCAGAAUCUUGUUUCAGCCCUAGACUCGGAGGACAGACUACGAGGUAUCUUAGAGGAGCAUAUUCCCGUGAUCAGCCUAGAGGAUGGCAGUAGACUAUCAGGAGAAGAGGCUCCUAUGAGGAAGGACCUAGAUCAGUGGCUAGAUGAACAUCCAGGGUACAUGGUUGACAAACCAGAUCAGGUGGAAGAGGAUUUCUUAAUCGAUAGGAGAAGGCGACGAAGGCCAAGAUUAGACCCGACAAAACUUGAUGUUAAGACAGUCACUGGGGAAGAAAAUGUCUCUGUCAUACAUAGGGACACUGGGAAGAAGAUCACUGGGGCUAAGGCACCACCUCUCAGGCACUUGGGAGAGUGGCUAGAUAAGAACCCAGGCUGGGACGUGGACUACAAGUGGGCUAACAUAGUCAGGGAGAAGGGCAAGCUUAGCAAAGAGCUUCUAAAAACCAGGGUGCCAAUUCCGACUGACCGUCGGACAAAGCGUAUUUCCCAGCAUUCCAUCCCAUCAUCAAUACUCUCAGAAGUGUAUCCCUCUGCCUCGUCAAUGAGUGCCCUCACAGGAUUGGCCAGUGCAGGGUUGCUAGGCAACCUUGGUAAAAUGGGCAGCUUGGGUAUGCCGUUUGGAACUAUCCCAUCAAUGACUAAUCCAUUGUUUAGCAUCCCGGGAUUUGGACUGCCCGGGAUGACUUUAGACUUCCCAACUCCACCUAGGGAGUCGUCGUCAUCAUCAUCAUCAAGCACCAAAGAACACAAACGAAAAAGUCAUUCUGGUGAAAGUAAAUCUAAAUCUCCCAAACCAGGAGGCUCAAAGUCUCCAAGCGGAAGAAAAAGUCCGAGUGCAUCUGCGUCUGCAGCUGCGGCCGCAUCUCAGGCAGCUGCAGCAUUCCCCUUCCUAUAUAACCCACUAUUCUAUAAUCCGUUACUUGCUCAAAGCAUGGCUGGUUUCUCUUUGCCUACCAACCUCCCUACAUCAUUCGCAUCUCUAGCGAAGCCCCCAUCAGGAGCAACCACAGGACUCUCUAAUGGUGUUAAAGACUCAGAUGAUGAUGAGCCUAAACCCUCCUCAGUGGCAACUAGUCAGGAAUUUGCGCAGGAUUUAUCGAUGAAGAAAAGUAGUAGAACGGUGGACCUGCUUAUGCAGGACACGAUGAAAGUACAAGAUCUGUCCAAGAAGUUGGCUGAUCAACCAGAAGACCUAUCCAUACCUCAGGACCUUUCCGUUCGAAAGUCAGAUCUCAAAAAAGACAAAUCAUCGCCAUCGUCAUCAUCAUCCUCAUACCCAGUGCAUAACUCUAAAAGUAGCUCAAAGUCACAUGCAGAUCCUAAAUCAGGAUCACGUCAUAAAUCAUCUUCAAGAAAAUCGGACUCUCAUCGGAAGUCAGAUUCAUCUCGACCGAAAGGCGAGUCAUUUAUAGAUGCCCCACCUCUCUCAUCUCUGUCGGAUUUUAUAUCUAGAAAAGUGGAAGACUCCAUGCAAGAUAUUAACAAUGAUAAACAAGAUCCUGAUGAACCAGGACCUGAGAAUCUAGAAACUGCUAAAUCAAACACUAGUAAACAGCAACCUACUGGGGAUCUAGAAGCUAUGGAAAUGGAUGACAAGGUCAAUGAUGACCAAGAUUAAGGCAUCUUUAACUUAAUUAACUUACAGUGGAAAUAGUUGAAAUAGUUCAAGAAACUGAAUUAUUCUCUAAUGAGGAGUUACAUUCAGUUUUGUAUCGAAAACACAAUAAGUGAAUUGUGUAUGAAAUAGAUGAAUGAUACCAAAGUAUGUUAAUGUUGGAAACGUGUCUAUCAGAUUUGUAAUUAUAUAUUUGCAUAAAGAUGGUGCUGUUGGCAGUUGGAAUGAAGGUUUCUUCUAAAAUGUACGCUGCUGAAGCUGUUGUCAUUCAUUGUUGUCGGGGUAAUCAUGGAGACAGUUGUCAUGGCAACUGUCUUUGUCAUCAGAGAUACUUGGUUGCUAUGGUAACUGAAUGUAAACAUUGCUGUUAAUAAAGCAAUUUGAAUUGAGUAAAAGGUUUUCAUAGGUUUCUGUACAGGGUGAAACUGAAUAUUGAUAUUGCUGCUGUUAAUAUUUGAUAUCACCCUGUAAUGAUUACUGGAUGGGACAUGUUACUAUGGUCACCACCAUAAAAGAUAAUAUGGGAGCCAUGGUAACUAGUUGCAACAACACUGAUAUAAGAAGCAUGUGUGUAAAUCGAGCUUGAUAUAAAACAAUGCAUGUUUGUCUAUUGAUUUUCUCAGUGGAAAAUCUUCAAAUACAUUUCAUUUGAUGGAAUUUUGAAUAAGAUUUUUUGCAGUAACUUGUGACAUAUGAUUAUGAAGAAAUAUGAUGAAGUUUAUGAAACUUAACAAAUAAAAUGGAAAAAAUCAACAUUUAAAAAUGUAGUGUAAAAUGAAAGUUGGAUAUAUACUAAAUGAAAUUUAAAUAUCACCUUGGGGACAGUUGUCCACUAUUAAGUUACUAUAGAAACUGAAGAAUGCUGUGCAAUAUGAUUGAAUGCGGUUUCUCACCCAUUGUUUGUUUGAAAAUUUGGUGGGGGGGGGUUAUUAAGUUGAAUAUUUAUAGUUUCGAAAAGCCUAUGUUUUUUUCUAUUAUUAUGUAUUACUGUAAUUCCAACAAAAUUCCUAGACUUGCCCCUCCCCCCAAUUGAACUUUUCAUUUCUAGGGAAUAUUAUAUUCAAUAUGGACUUCAAUAUGGAUUACAUGGUCAUAUAAUCUGUAGGCCUAACAUACACUUAUUUUUGGGUUGUUUUACAGAUAGUGAUUGCAACUUUUAGAGAAUUUCCAAAGUUGAUUAACACAUGUGUGUAUUUUAGGGUUGCCUAUUUUCGUAUUUUGUGGACAUUUUUUUACACCAACACUUAUAUUAGUUUAAAAAGAGGAAUCCAUCUGUCUGGGAUUAAGUGAAUGCAUUAAAUACUUUAUUUUAUUGUUAUAAUGGCAAUCAAAGACAUUAAUUCCUGUUUACCUGUGAAAUGUACCCUGGUAACCAGAGGAAACCAGUAAUAUUCUAGCCUCUGAUUUAGGAAAGCACUUACAAGGUCACAUAUUUUUUGUAAAUGUUAAAUAAAUGGACAAAGUGUUAUGUUUUAUUAAUAUGUACAAAGAAAUUAAUGAAAGGACUUUUUGUUUAUUUAUUAUUUUGAUGCAAAGUAUCAUCCAUUUUGUUCAAAUUUCAGUUAUUGUUUUUUUAUGGGCUGUGUACCUUGUAUACAGUAUGUAUAAUGACAGAAUGUAUUAUUUCAUCAAAGCAGAGACUGUUUCUGCUCUAAGCAAAUAACGAGGUGUUAUUAAUGUUUAAAUUGGCCUAUAGAGGUCACUUAUGUAGAUGACCUUGACCUUUAUAGAUCAAGUCAUAUUUAACCUUUAACCUGCCAUAAGGGUCCCAGAAUUGUCAUUUAAUAUAUUUAAUAUAGUAUGGUGGGUUAAAGGGUGUCCUAUGUACAUUAACUAUACUAUUUAUUACAAUCUGGAGCAACAGAGACGCCAGGUUGAUGGUUUAAAGUAGAAUGAUUGUAAGAACAAACAAUGCCGUCAACUAUUUUUGAAUAAAGUCGGCUGAUUGGUAUACAAAAUUGA